AUGCCCGCCGUUACCUUGAAAACCCGCACCCAGGUAGGCAGCCUGGUCCUCAUCGCAAAGCGAGGAAACUGGGCCAGCCGAGAGCCUGGCGUGAUCUUGGUAUUCUGCAUUGUCUUCAUCGUUGCGCUCGGGAUUAUCGCGUUGUUUGCAUACCGCAAGUGGAUGGCACGCAAAGCCAAAAAACCGUCCUUUGAGACAGCCGAGUAG